CAUUUGAAACGUCACACAAGUUGUUUUCCGCGGCAUUUGCCUGUGAACCCUCGGCUCGCGUGCGUGCAGAAUGUGUGCAAAGUGACUGAGGAAUGCUCGUGACUUCGCAUUCACUGUGAAAGUGAACGAAUUUCUACACUUUUCCCUCGUAUUCUCACUGAAUUUUUAUCUGCGGAAAAUUUCUCUCUUCGGGGGGAGUCGAAGUUAUGUGAUUGUAUUGAAGUUUGGGGCGCGCAGUGAAAGACUUUUUCCUUGAGUACUUUUCCUUGCCAUUUGUGAAGAAAACCACCGAUUCUUUUGGCGCGAAAUGUCGUCUGGACGCACUGAGGAGCCGGAAGUGUUGUUGGCGGAGGCCGAGGAUACUGGAGCUGAGGAGUAUGCGGACGACGCGGGUCCGGCGUCGGGACUGAGGCGUCGCAAGGGGAAAAUAAUGUCGUGUGCCAAAGAAACCAUCGAAAAUGCUUCCAGACUUAUUCGUCGACGAGUGCCUUGUGCCGGACACCUGAUGACGCCACGACGCCUCUGGCUCAACAAGAUUCCCGCGCAGUGCGACGUGGUGAUCGAGUUCCCGGAGGACGCGCCGGACGAGGCGCUCCGCUGGCUGCUGGCGCGCAUCCGGUCGCCCACGCCCAACGGCCUGGGUCUCUCGGCCCACGUGCGGGCGCACGACAGUACAAAGCGCACGGCGUUCUACCUGAGCGCCCCCAUGAACAUACUCUUCCGGGCGGCGGAGGAGGCGCGCCUGCCGAAGCGCCUCAAGAGCGACCUGGGUGGGGCGCUGCGCGACUUCACGACCAGAGAGAAGCACUGCUUCGCCCAGGCGAAAGUGGUGCCGGCGGGCGAGGGCGACGACGGCGGCGGGGGCACACUUUUCACCUCCCAAGAGCGCCAGUGGCUGGUGCUUCAGAUACUACAAGGCCUGAGAGCGGGACUUGGGGAUUUGGAAGCACUGCAAGGAAAAGCGGCGGUGGCGGAGGGACAGAGCAUAAUUGCCGCAUGGCAGGAAUCCGGUCUCAUUACCCAAGUAUUUCCACUGCAUGAAACAACCGCCUUAACCCAAUUGCAAUCCAGUUGGGUACGUAACAUUUUUGCACCACAGCCAUUAGACGACAUUGCAGAGUACUUUGGGGUGAAGGUGGCUCUCUACUUUGCCUGGUUGGGCCACUACACGUGCGCCCUGGGCGUUCCCGCGGUCUUCGGCACACUCUUGUGGGCCGGACUCUACGGUCGGGGCCAGACCGCCCAGGAUAUCGGUCACGUACUCUUCUCGCUCUUCAACGUCGCCUGGGCGUCUCUGUACCUGGAGGCCUGGCGUCGCUACUCUGCAGAACUGGCGUUCCGCUGGGGCACUCUGUCAACCCCUCCUGAACUCCUCGAGCCGCCCAGACCGCUCUACAAAGGACCCCUUGUUGAGAGCCCGGUGACCGGACGCCUGGAGCCCAAAGAGGCUCCAGCCUGGCAGAGACGAGCCUUUCGAUACUUGGUCAGCUUCCCCGUGAUUGGUCUCUGUCUAGUCCUGGUAUUCAUCGUCAUGUUCGUGAUGCUGCGCUUCCAGGAUUGGUGGGAUGGAAAAUUGCCGGAAAAUGGUUUCUUAAGCUGCUUGAGUGUGAUUCCGAAGGUUCUACUAGCGGGUGCCAUCACUUUGAUGGACGAGGCUUACUUUAAACUAGCCGUGUGGCUUAACGACAAAGAAAACUAUCGUCUGCAGUCAAAGUACGAGAAUCAUCUUAUAGCUAAGGUGGCUCUCUUCCAGUUCGUCAAUUCCUUCCUCUCGCUCUUCUACAUCGCGUUCUAUCUCUGUGACCAGGACAAACUCAAGGAGCAACUGGCUGGUCUCCUGAUUUCCCGACAGAUAAUCGGCAACUUGCGGGAAUCCGCAUGGCCAUACGUGCUGGAGCAGUGGAAGCUUGCCAAGUUGAGUUUCAAGCUCUGGGGCGCCCUCAGUCCCACGCAAGAGGUCAAUGUCAAGCCUGAGGAAGCGCCAAAGUCGGAGGAGAAGCGCUCUGAGACACCCACGGGCAAAAGAAGCAUCGGUCAGGCUGAAAUCGAGAGUUCUCUCUACAAGUACGACGGAACGUUUUCCGACCAUCUGGAGAUGCUGGUGCAAAUGGGAUAUGUUGUGCUCUUCUCGGCGGCCUUUCCUCUGGCUGGACUGUGCGCGCUGGCGAAUAACUUGAUGGAGAUACGAUCAGAUGCAUUCAAACUCGCCCAUGUCCAUCAGCGACCUUUUGGCCAGAGAGUGGCUAACAUCGGCACGUGGCAGAACGCUUUGAGCUUGCUUGGCCUGGCCGCAGUUAUCGUCAACUGUGCCCUCAUAGGACUCUCAGGACAAGUGUCCAGGCUCUGGCCAGGCCUCACCUCCACACAGACAGUGAUUCUGAUUGUGGCGCUUGAGCAUAUGAUGCUGGGAUUAAGAUCAGCACUCACUUGGCUCCUACCAGAGCUGCCAUCCUGGUUGGCGGCGGAGAUUGCCAGGGCAGAGCACUACCGCCGGGAGAUGCAGUGCAAAGGAACAUCCCCAAGAGCCACUCCUCCGUCCCCAUCAUCCACAUCAAUCUCUCAUCCCGAUCCCGAAGAAAACACGCCCGAUCCACUGCUUGAGCAGUCCAGCCAAGAGGUUGAAGACAUCGUCUUUGAGCCUGAAGAUCCCAAUCUCAUGUUCCGCGACGGAGGUCCCAGAUCAAUAACACCAGACUCUCCGAUAUCCCAGACAAGUACAGUCCUUAUUCGACCCCUACUCGAUAGUUCCACGAACACGAGCGGUUCUUCCAUUCAGAACAUCACAGAAGUGGCCUCAACAAGUGCAGGUGCAUGUAGGCAUUUAAAGCAAGUAACAGAGAUAUCAAAACUGUCCGAAAUACCUCCAUAUCGUGGUUAUUCCGUACGAAAUUCAAUGCCAAAGAAGAACACUGCGGCAGGCGCAUCUCCAACUACCAAAACCGUCUCUCAGCCGAUACACAUCCCAGAGAUUCCGCCCUUCCGAAAAUCACAGACCCAGUCGCAGCGUUCGUCAGUCUCUUCAUCUAUGGCGAAUCCAUCUCCGCCGAAGAUUCCCGAAAUUCCACCCUUCAAGCCGCGCAAAUCUGCCGAAAUAAUUCCUCCGGUUUCAGCGUCUGGCGAGAGCCCUCCUGUGGGCGUUCCUGACUGGGCGAGGCGUCUCAAGGCAGCCGAGCCAUCACCGAUUCACCGAAGCACAGACUGUAUUGCGGCCAAGGAGCUCCUUCCGGGCACGGAAUCGCCUGAGCAAGUGCUCAAGAACGCGCCUUCCUGGAGUUCAGUGGCGGUGCGGAAUAGUGUGGGCAGUAGCGGAGAUGCUGUGGCCAGCUCCAGCACGGGAAGCUCCUCUCCGGCCAGUGGUACUGUGCCCAAGAAGCUCUCCACAUCGGGAACCGACGAAGAAGCCAAGGCGGCAGAGCUGGCAGCUAAAAAGUCCCGCAUAAAGCAGAGUCUGGUCAAGAGAGCCAGGUCCGUGGCGAUAUUCUCGCUGAAGUUAAAAGAAAGGCGCGCCCGGGAGGCGGAAAAAGCUGCCCUGGCGGCCGUUGAGCACGCAAAGGUCGUGGCCCAAGUGACGAAUCCUCCGGCCGGGGGUGAACUGUCCUUCCUGCCCAUUGAGCAACUUAUCCAAGUGGAUGAUGUUGUGAAGCAUCGAAACUCAUCGUCAGGCUCAGGAACAGCGUAAAGAGACAUUGACUUGAGGAGAGAUUUGGUGAGCACUCAAGAGAGCUCCUUUUAGGGUCAAACUGACUACAUUUUUAGCUAGAUUCCAAGCAAAAUUAAUUCUAAAGGAAGGCACACUGGUAAUUUAGGUUGAGAAGCAAUGUUACACAAAAGGAGAAUUAGUUUAGUUACAAAAAAAGACUAGUUUGCAAUUGUUAGUCUAAUUGAAAUGAUAACUUUAGCUGAGCUUUCUGUGACGUGAGUUGCCGCUUUUGAAUUGUGUGUAAGAUUAUAUAUUUCUUUCAAGUAAGACUAAGUUUUUUUACAAUAAUUUUCUUUGUGCCUCAUCAGUCGAAUUGUGGAUGAAUAUUACCACACAAAACCAUGUGAAGGUUUUACUGUAAAUAUAUUAUAUUUUUGCUAAACAUAUUAAAUUGUUCAGCAAUAAUGAGGGAAAGAAUUAUACAAAAAAAAGAAAAAGAUCUGUAAAAGUUGUGGAAAAAUUGCCAUGAUCGAAAAAUGUGCUUCUUAAACAUCGUUUUUAUUUACAAGGAAUUUACAAGAAAAAAAUAGGAAUAUGACUAAUAAAAUUCAAAAUAUCCGAUCCAGUUGUCUUUUGGUUAAAAGAAUAUACAAUUCCCUUUGAAUAUCUACACCUUCUCUUGAAUCUCCUUGAAAAAAAAAGUACUCAUAGUAAGAGUGUAAAUUGAAAAAUAAGAUGAAAAGUAUUGUCAUUAAUUAUGUAUUGAUUGUGAUAAUAGAAUAGUCAUCGAAUAUUGGAGAAUAUUGAAGAAUACAUUGUGAAUAUACUCGUGAAAAAGAUUAAUGUGAUAUUUGAUUGUUUGUUGGAAAUUGUUUAUUAUUUCAACAAGUAUUUGUACAAUAUUUCUGCCACGUGAAAUUGUGACGAAAAUAACUCUCUGUUGAGCUUCUUAUCACUAUUCGUUAUCAAAUUAGAAUGGAUAUUUGGGGCAAAACAUAUCAAUUCUCGGAUAUUUUGGCGCAAUUGAAAAACUCAUUAAAAUACAUCAAUCAAAAAUCACAUUGAAAGAAUGGACAGAAUGCAAUUUUUCCUCCAAGUUUAAUCUCUCAUUUUAUCUCCGAAACUCUGCAUUGCAUUCGCAAAGUGAUUUGACGAGAUGCUAGAAAAUAUACAAAUAUUAUCGUUACUCCAGAAAACAUGUUGCAUUGAAUGAAUUUUUUAGAAUGUUACAAUUUUCUAAGUGAUAAGCAGAAUUACAAUAAUUACCAUUAAUUACUACU